AUGCCCGUGACUCUUGAUCACGAGGACGCCCAAUAUGCUACUUGGGUUGAACUUUUCCAAAUUCAUGCUUGUGCCUACAAUGUUCUUGACCACAUUGAUGAGAAGGUGAAGCGUCCAAAGGAUAUUGAUGAUGAAACGUGGAAGAGAUUAGAUGUACUUGUUAAGCAAUGGAUAUACACCACUAUUUCCAAAGAUCUUGUUAAUACCAUCAUGAAACCGGGUGCUACGGCUCAGGAAUUAUGGAGCCGACUCGAGGAGUUGGUAACACGUGUACAAUGUAGGUCCGUUAGUGAUGACCCAGUAGAUAAGAAUGUUUGCUUGUUGCUAAUGCUAGCUGAAGGGCCAGGUAGCGACAUGGGUAGCACAGUGAUUGGCUUGUUGCUAAAGCUAGCUAGAGACAAGUAG